AUGGGCAGUGCUGUGAUGAGACAUCAUAUGGGCAGUGCUGUGAUGAAACAUCAUAUGGGCAUUGCUGUGAUGAGACAUCAUAUGGGCAGUGCUGUGAUGAGACAUCAUAUGGGCAGUGCUGUGAUGAGACAUCAUAUGGGCAGUGCUGUGAUGAGACAUCAUAUGGGCAGUGCUGUGAUGAGACAUCAUAUGGGCAGUGCUGUGAUGAGACAUCAUAUGGGCAGUGCUGUGAUGAGACAUCAUAUGGGCAGUGCUGUGAUGAGACAUCAUAUGGGCAGUGCUGUGAUGAGACAUCAUAUGGGCAGUGCUGUGAUGAGACAUCAUAUGGGCAGUGCUGUGAUGAGACAUCAUAUGGGCAGUGCUGUGAUGAGACAUCAUAUGGGCAGUGCUGUGAUGAGACAUCAUAUGGGCAGUGCUGUGAUGAGACAUCAUAUGGGCAGUGCUGUGAUGAGACAUCAUAUGGGCAGUGCUGUGAUGAGACAUCAUAUGGGCAGUGCUUUGAUGAAACAUCAUAUGGGCAGUGCUGUGAUGAGACAUCAUAUGGGCAGUGCUUUGAUGAAACAUCAUAUGGGCAGUGCUGUGAUGAGACAUCAUAUGGGCAGUGCUGUGAUGAGACAUCAUAUGGGCAGUGCUGUGAUGAGACAUCAUAUGGGCAGUGCUUUGAUGAAACAUCAUAUGGGCAGUGCUGUGAUGAGACAUCAUAUGGGCAGUGCUUUGAUGAAACAUCAUAUGGGCAGUGCUGUGAUGAGACAUCAUAUGGGCAGUGCUGUGAUGAGACAUCAUAUGGGCAGUGCUGUGAUGAGACAUCAUAUGGAUAGUGCUGUGGGGUGA